AUGCAUCUCCCAAGAGAGCUUGCCAUCGUCGGCGCUGUUGCCAGCUGGUUUCUGGCAACGGUCGCAACCGACGUGCAGGAACAGGCCUUCCGCCGUGCUUUGCAAGAGAUUUCCACAUCCAAGAGAGACACCGUGUUCCGGAACUCGACGUCGAUCAGCAAGAGCUUUGACGGAGCGACACUGUUUGAUGCGGCCAUUGACGUGGGCACCAACACAGUCAACGCCGAAGUGGACGUCUCGGUGGUGUGCACGACCUGCUACGUCCGCGGGUCGGCAACAGCCGAGCUGCUCGUGGACGGGACGUUCAACGCGACGGAGGCAAUCCUGUCGGUGGCGCAGUCGGUGCGCGACGACGUGGUCAACCUGACACUGCAGAUCGAGAAUGACGUGAAGGCGACGCUGGUCAAUGACACGGCGCACGUUGCGAACUUGCAAUUUGACGAGGUGCAGAUGCCGAUGAUCGACGUCGACUUGAAUCUCGACGUCGAAGGCAUCCCCGAGUGCCAGCUCGCCUUCUCAUUCGACCAUCUCGAGCUGUUUGUGCAGACACAGACGCGAGUUGGUGGUGCGGCCACGUACUCGCUCAACCUCUACACGUCCGAGACGGAGGUAGGGAUCCGUGUCAGCGACGAACUCGAAAUUGGCGUCGUCCUGACCGUCGACCUGAUCAUGAGUAUCGACGGUGCCGUCGAAGUCGACAGCGGCUUCCACGUCAAGCUAGACGACGGCCUGGUCCUGACGCUCGACUUUUUUGGCAAAAAUGUGUCCAAGAUGGAGUUCAAUGGCGGCUCCUUCGAGUUCCUCCCCAUCAGCACCAACGCCGAGGCCACCAUCAAUGCCGUCCUUCGCGUCGGCGUCCACGCAGGCCUUUUUCUUGACAUCGAUCCCAUCAAAAGCCUCGAUCUCUUCCACUUUGCCGCCGGCGUCGACUCUGUCCUCUUUGCCGACGUCGCCAACAUCACCACCAGCAUCGCCGCCAGUAGCAACCAUUCAGCCGCCGACGACCUCGGCGUUGAUCUCGUUGACUGCGUCCUGACCGCCGAGGAGAUCUACGAGUUUGCCAUUGGCGCCGGCGCCGGUGCCUCUCUAGUCAUCGCUGACAACUCCUGGGGCAUCGGUCCAACCACCGUGCUGCCCGUGUGGUACACCACUGUCGCCCAGUGUGCCACCAGCACGUCCAACGGAACAGCCCUUACCUCAGCCUCAGCCACGGCUACGCCUGCUCCCGCUGUUCGUCGUGCCGAUGAUUCCUCCGUCACCUCCACCAUCAGAACCACCUUUACCUUCUCCGCUGUCGGCUGCCGCUCGGCUGGCAUCAUCAAUUGCCCGGCAUCGCUGCAGACGACCACUGUGACGAAAUCUGAGAGCACCAUGGUUACGGUCGUGUCCUCGGGUGCCGAAGCCUCCUGGCCCCCGCUGACUGCCACCACCGUCAAGGCUGUCUCCUUCGGCCAUGGCGCCAAGUCCAUCCAGCUCUCCGCCUCCGGCACGCCGUCGUCCUUCGUGCCCACCACCACCGCCAAAGCCACAGCCACCGGUUCGUCCGGCAGCGACGGCGACACCCUUUCAAACGACCACCACGGCGGCCUAACGACAACGCAGAAGAAUAUCGUCAUUGGUGUCACCGUCGGCGUGGGCGUGCCGCUGCUGGCAGGCAUCUUGGUGGGGAUCAUCAUCUUGACCAAGCACAAGAAAAGGCAACAACAGUUGGGCCAACCGAACAGCUCGUCCAAGGUGCCUUCAGAACAGGUGGUGGAGGUCGGCAGCAGGGACUAG